GGCACGCGAAUCGAACUUGCCAACGCACCCAAAACUUAACGCUUCCCAGUUCCGUUUCCCACACUAGACUUAGAGAGAGAGGUAGCCCUAACAAACACAAACACCCGCUUCCCCCUUCGCCGGCGAUGCGGUCCACCGCCGCCGCCGCCGAUGUGAUCGAUCUCUCCAGCGACGACGACGACGAGGUGCCCGUCCCCAGCACCAGCGCCGCCGCAGCCGCAGCCGCGCGCCGCGUCGCGCCCUCCACGUCCCCUCGCGACGUCACGCCGUACGCGCUCGUCGAUGUGAAGCCCGCGCUGCUGUACCCGCUCCAGCCACCGGGCGUCGUCGUCGGUGGCAGCGGCGCGCUCGUGCCCGUGAAGGAGGAGCUCCCGGUGCUGACGCCGGUGCCCCUGCUGGCCGCGGGCUAUUCCCCGUCCACCCCCUCCACCAAGGUCGCCCUCCCGGCGCCGCGCCUCUGCCGCCAGUUCUGGAAGUCGGGCGACUACGUCGUCGCCCAGCGCAACCCCGACGCCGAUGCACCCGGUGGGCGGAACCGACUUCGGAUUAAUCCCAGGUUCCUGCACUCGAAUGCUACUUCCCACAAGUGGGCUUUUGGUGCCAUUGCCGAGCUUCUUGAUAAUGCAAUUGACGAGGUUAACACUGGGGCAACAUUUGUUCGUGUUAAUGAAUUUACAAACCCACGAGAUGGGAGUUCCUCAUUGUUAAUUCAAGAUGAUGGAGGGGGAAUGGAUCCAGAGGCACUGAGACGCUGCAUGAGCUUUGGAUUUUCAGAUAAGCAGUCCGAUGCUUUAAUCGGGCAAUAUGGAAAUGGAUUCAAAACUAGCACAAUGAGGCUUGGAGCAGAUGUGAUUGUUUUUACACAAAACCAAAAUAACUGGGUGCCAACAAGAAGUAUCGGUCUUCUUUCAUACACAUUUUUGAUGGAAACUGGCUGCGAUGAUGUUUUGGUUCCAACAGUUGAUUAUCAGUAUGAUAUAUCAACAGCUUCGUAUACUCAGAUGCUGCGUCAUGAUCAGAAGCUCUUCUCUUCAAAUUUAGCGAUCCUCUUGAAAUGGUCCCCUUUUGCUAGUGAAGCUGAGUUGCUCAAACAAUUUGAUGAUAUCGGAGAGCAUGGAACAAAAAUAAUUGUAUUCAACCUCUGGUUCAAUGAUGAUGGGGAUAUGGAGCUUGAUUUCAACUCCGAUAAGAAGGAUAUCCUCAUUACUGGGGCACACAGGAAGGUGAAUACCAACAAGGCAGAUAAGGUCGCAACACAGAACUACGUUUCAACUCGACUCCGUUAUUCUCUUAGAGCAUACACAUCUGUCUUGUACCUUCACAUUCCUGAUAAUUUCAGAAUAGUCUUGCGUGGACAUGAUGUGGAAUCACAUAAUGUAAUAAAUGAUUUGAUGUAUCCUGAAUGCGUGUUGUAUAAACCACAAAUUGCUGGGCUUGCAGAGCUAUCUGCAAUAACCACCAUUGGAUUUGUCAAAGGCGCCCCAGAAAUUGAUGUACAAGGCUUUAAUGUGUACCACAAGAAUCGUUUAAUAGCGCCAUUUUGGAAAGUUGCGAACAACUCAUAUGGCAAAGGGCGAGGAGUUGUGGGCAUUCUGGAGGCAAACUUCAUCAAACCUACCCAUGACAAGCAAGAUUUUGAAAAGUCGGUCCUUUAUCAAAGGCUGGAGAGCCGCUUGAAAGAAAUGACAUAUGAAUACUGGGACCUGCAUUGCCAUCGUAUUGGUUAUGACAACAAAAAAUUACCUAAAUCUUCCCGUGCACUUAAUCGUGCUAAUCAGAUGAAUGCUGGCAGUUCCCCGCCAAUUGUUCCACGUCAGCUAUUGGCUGCUGAUAUUCCGACAAGCAGCUGUGCUGUCCCUACAUUUAUGGCCCCUGCAUUAAGGCAAAAACAGAUGGGAUUGAAGAGAAAUAUUGAUGCCCUUGGAUCCAAGACAGACAGUGCUGACCAAGAUGGAUCUCACUUGGACGUUUCUCAACGGAGACGGUUUAACGAAUACAGGACUUUGACACUAGAGAAUGAUAAGUUGCGUGGCGAAUGCUUGCAAUACGAGGAGUCAGCAAAACAACUUGCUCUGAAGGAACAAAAGCUCCGAUCUCAAAUUGCUUUGGAAAGAAAGAAAUAUGAGGAAUUAUUACAAGAGCUCAGGUCGUUGGAUGUGAAGACAGAGAAAUAGCAAACUGUUUCUGCUUUUGUCCGCCAUGAUGCUUCUCAGCUUGCUUCUUGCCUGACUGUUCAUGUGAGGAUUACAAUUAACUUGCUGUUGGAGUUCUGCAGUCGUGAUUAUGGAAGAAUUGGACCUUGGACAACUGAGGUCGUCAGCUUAACUUUCAUUUGGUAGAGAUGUACAAUUUUGGUUUGGAGUUGAGCGUGUACAACUGUUGUAACAUUAUCUGUAUGUACAGCAGUGAUAUCAUGACAUUGACCUGCUGAUUCACAUUUUUUUACAGUUAAUACACAUCUGUUACUUAUGUCCAGUGUAAAACGAAUGUUAGAUUUUGAUCUGCUAGUUGCAUCUUAGUGUUUCGAGCAAACUAUUACAUUUAUAUUGUUAUGCAGUAGAUCAGUUGCCCGACCUUUGUAGUGCCAAAGUUUGUGGAGUGGCACGUCAUUAUUCUUUCCAUAAAUCAGAGGGUAUCAAUGUAGAUGCACUGCAUUGUAAUUUCAGAUAUAGCCGAAAGUAUCCAUCCUUUUUAUA